CUGGCGCAGGGAGCCGUGUGGGGCGCCGCCGGAACUGCAGAGGUGACCUCGGCCCAGCGCUCCAGCGCCGGACGUGGCCGUGGGCGCCGCGGCCUCCGAGUACCGGAAGGGCCGGGCCUGUGCGCUCCUGGGAGCCGUGGACCAGCGGCGAGCGCGGCGGGAGGGGUUACGAGCGGGUCUAGUUUCCGUUUUCCUCUGUCUCGUCCGGAAAGCCGGAAGGUGUAGGGGCAGAGCGACGGGCCGACGUACCCACUCUGUCCCUCACGAGUAUGGCCACAAGGGUGCCCAUUCCUCCCUGGGCCGCACCCCUUAAAGCGGUUUUAGGGUACGCCUGUAUGGACCCAUCUUCCAAAGUAAAAUAUUGGCCUUUAGCCGUUUCGAAAUUGAUCCUCGAUUCAGUGAUGCAGAUCCUUUCAGGGUGCCUAAAAGCCACAGCCCAGCUUCCAGAUGCAGCCUGAACCCAGCCGGUGUGAAGAGGAGACCCCUUCCCUCUUGUGGGGUUUGGAUCCUGUGUUUCUAGCCUUCGCAAAAUUCUACAUCAGGGAUAUCCUGGACUUGAAGGAGUCCUACCAGGUACCAGGUAUAUUUUUGUACAAUGGGCAUCCAAUAAAACAGGUAGAUAUCCUGGGAACUGUAAUUGGAGUGAGAGAAAGAGAUGCUUUCUACAGUUAUGGAGUGGAUGAUAGCACUGGAGUUAUAAACUGCAUCUGUUGGAAAAAGUUGGACAAUACUGAGCCUUCGUCAGCUGCUCCAAGUGCAAGAGAGCUGAGCUUAACCUCCCAGCUUACGAAGCUGCAAGAGACCAUUGAGCAGAGAACAAAGAUAGAAAUUGGAGACAUUAUCCGGAUCAGAGGUUAUAUCCGCACAUACAGAGAAGAGCGAGAAAUUCAUGCAACUGCUUAUUAUAAAGUUGACGAUCCAGUGUGCAGCAUUCAGAUUGCAAGGCUGCUUGAGCUGCCCAGCAUCUACCGGAAGAUUUAUGACCGGCCUUUCAGCAGCCCAGCCCUAGAGAAAAAAGAGGCACUAAGCAGUCAUUCAGGUGCCUUGGAUCUUGCCAGUCUUACGUGUUUGCUGAGUGAGAAAGCCAAAGAAUUCCUUGUGGAGAACAAAGUACAAACAUUUUACCAGCAGGAAUUGGAAAUGGUGGAGUCACUGCUGUCAAUUGCCAAUCAGCCUGUGAUUCACAGUACCUGCUCUGAACUAGCAGAUCUUAGGAAUGACACCACUUCCAAGGCAAUUCAUAAUAUAUUUAAGAAUGCUAUACAGCUGCUGCAGGAUAAAGGACUUGUUUUCCGGAAAGAUGGUGGUUUUGAUAACCUAUAUUACGUAACCAGAGAAGACAAAGAACUGCACAGAAAGGUCCACCGAAUCAUUCAGGAAGAUUGCCAGAAGCCAAAUCAUGUGGAGAAGGGCUGCCACUUCCUGCACAUCUUGGCCUGUGCACGCCUGAGCCUCAGCCCCAGCCUGAGUGAAACUGUGCUGCAGCAGGUUCUGGAUGUCCUGGAGGACCAGAGUGACAUCGUCAGCACCAUGGAGCACUACUACAUAGCGUUCUGAGCAGAGGCCAGCCCAUGGCACAGGGCUGAGCCGGGCCGAGGGGGAGAAAGACCAGGGGAUGGUCAUUCCCAGGCUCUGAUUUUAAGCAUCAUGUGGAAGCUUAUAGGUUUGGAGGCAGUUAGCUCUUCAUGAACUAUGCAGUAUGGCCAUUUGAGGAAUGGAAUUUGGCAGAAGUGCUGUAGGCUGCCUUCUACCGGCUGUGUCCUUGGGAUAAAAUAAUUCUUUUUUCAGCUACAACAUGCAAGAAAACUCUCCUUGUUGACUUCCUGACUGGAGUGGAUAAUGCUGUUGGAGCAGAAGGGGAAGAAACAGUAUCAGUGGCUAAAUCAGUGCGUGUAUGUGUGUUUUGAGGCUCUGUCAUGGUAAAGGGACAUCACAUGGUAAAGCCCAGGUAUGGCAGGAACUGAAGAGCACACAGCCAUAUCACACAGAUCUAAAACUUUUUAAAACUUCAGACGAUCAGGUGCAUUCUUGGGGGUCUCUCGUAAGGGUUAAGAAUCCAGUGUAGGGGACCAGGUCUCCCAGAUGGUUGUUGCUGACCUCUGAUUUCUGAGGGUCAAGCACCAAUAGUGGGUCUUGAGUCCUGCAUUGAAUUCUGUUUACAGACCUACCUGAGAUGGGAGUAAGUGGAUCCAAGGAAUGAAUCUGUCAUUUUCCUUAUGAAUCAAAAGAUGCCUCAGUACAUUUCCCUGCACUUGAAGACAGAUGUAACUAAAUACAUUGUCCCUUAAUGCCCUGGAGUUCCCAGAGGCUGUCAGCCAGUUGCCUGGCGGCUGUAGAUGUUAUUUUCAGGGUUACCAUUGAAUAUACAGGACAUCCUGACACCAUCCAGACAGACUCUGUAUGUGCCCAGACAGGUGAUGGAGUCAUGCUUUUGCUCAGAAUCACAAGGUAAGGGGAAAAAAAUCUGAGGUAUGUAGUAGGCUUGUUCUAACGGCAAAAUGACAAAUCCAGCCAGCAAAAAUAAAGUGUGGAGAAAGAUUUGGAGUUAAUUACAGUCAUUUCACAAAAGACACAUCUGCCUUCAUCUGCUACUUUUCAGACAAUUGAAUAAGCUCUCAGUGGCUCUUCUUAAAAGCCUACAGGCCUAGAGAGUUGUUCUGCUCUGCGUGGAAAUGGAUUGGUUUUCACGCUCAGAAGUCAGCUGCAGCUCCAUAUAUCAGGCUUCCUGUCGUGGGCUUUUCUGACUUGACAUAAACCUCUGCCCUGGAUCUGACAGUGAUUACCCAGAUGGCUGCCCUGUAUCCUCCCUGUCUUCAGAAGGGUCCCUGUAGAAUUGGGUAUACCUGGAAUGACAUCCCAGCAGUUCUUCCUUGAGGUCAGCAGUUCUUCCAUCUUGAAUAGAUCUUGGAUUAUUGGGGCUGUCGAGGAAGAAGUCUUGACUCAGAACAUGAAAAGGGCAUAUCCUUCACACAGCAAACCAGCUUAUAGGGUUUAUACCAAGUAAAUGAUCACACAGGUGUGAAAGGGUGAAUACAGAAUACACAGAUGCCAACUGCCAUGUAAUUCCAAAUUCUAUAAUUGGGGAAAAUAUUUAUGGUGAAAAAUUAACUGGAUAAAACUAGGGACAGCUUAUGGACAAGCGUACAUUAACACCAUGCUCACAAAUACAUUUGAGAAGUGCCAUAUAAAUAUAUACAUCAAACAGAUUAUUGGAACCACCAAAGUGAUACACUCGUUACCUCUGAAAGGUGAGAGAUCAGAUGCUUUUAACUAUAUCCCUGUGCUUGGAUGUUAUUACAGUUAGCAAGUGUCAUUUCUACAAAAAUCAUCAAGCUGUUUUUCACUCCCCACCCCAUGCUCACAUAAUCUGAAUCAUGAAUGAACUAAGAAUAAGAUGGACCUUAUAUCCCCAGCAGCAUAAGAACUCUGAGAAGAUGAAGGAAGUUCUUGGAAACUUCUUUGGGGCUAACCACAUUUGGGUCACAGGUCAUAUCGACGAGCCACCAAGAACUUCCCCUGAAGUGGAGGGAGACUGAGCAACACUCCAGCUCCCUUGGUGUGCACCCGUUUCUGGAAGCAUGAACACUGCAUGUAGUAUGAAGGCGAGAAGACAAAUAGUGCUUCUGUCUGGUCAAGGAUUUGUUUAAAGAUACUUGAUCAUCCCCAUCUGGUAAGCUACCAGUGCUUCUCAUCCUUGAAAGACGCUUCUUUGUAAUUAUUUCUCCCUCUGAUAAUGUGCCAAGACACUGGUCGAGAGAAAGCCAAGUGAAAAGAAUCUAUUCAGGGAUGAGGAACCCCAGACUGGGUGCCAGGUAUUGAAACCAAGCAAACUUGUAAUUUUCCACUGGAGGAAACAUCCAGACUUACCAGUGUGGUUUCUGCUCUACAAGUGGCCUUUACAGAAGUUGUCCCAAAGAAGCAUCGUAGUGUUUCCUCACUGAGUUACAUAAAGCAUAUGGGCAGAUGCAAGAAGACCAUGAUAAGGUUUGCUGGAGAACACAGCAGCAGCCACUGGAAAGUGAAUCUCCAGAGACAUCUUUCAGCUUUUAGUACAUACAACCUCAUUCUUUAAAAGAAUUUUAAUGACAAAAAGUACAAAGAAGUGGGGAAAUGGUCUACCACUUCCAGAUAUUGUGUAUUUUUUUAGAUCAUAUGUAUGUUAUUAAAACAAUAACAUGUUAAUAUUUUGUCUAUGCUUCUAGAAAAAAAUACAUGUCAGCAUUUAUAUGCAUCCAUAUGAUCCUAUUAUGUUGGAGAGGUUUUUUUCUACUUUAGCAUACAAGAUUGACCACAUUUUUAAAAAUAGUUACAUAAUUCCAUUGUGUGGCUGCCCCUUAUUGUAUUUAACCAGACCCCUAUUGAAAAACAUUGAAUUGGUUUCCAGUCUGUUGCUAUUGUAACCAGUCUUCAGGAAACUUCCUUGUACAUUUUUCUCUUGUUGGCAUACAUAUGCAAGUAUAUUUUUAUGGUCAGUUUUUAGCAGUACAACUGCCAGAAGAAAGGGCAUGAGCAUUUAAAAAUUUGAAUAGACAUGGACAAGUUAUCCAUUGAAAAGACAGAUCUAUUUUUAUAUACCUGUCAAUAAUUCAUGAGUCUACUAGUUUGCUCACAAACUCACCUACAGGUUUGUAUCAUCAAUAGUUUUAAUUGCUGUUCAUCUGAUAGGUAAAAACAAUUUCUGGUUUUUGUUCACAUUUAUAUUUCUUUAGGUGUGAAUCAUAUUGAGCAUCUUUAAGACAGAUGUAGUCCUGCCCUGGAAUUGCCCAUUACUUCCAGCCGUGCCUGAGGACAGCCUGGGUCAUAUGUUCUGCAGUAGAAUCAGUCCAGAUGCCAGCUGCUAAGGUCCUAGUUAAUUCACAGCCAGAAUUAAAAUCCUUAAGAACUUAAAUCUCAGGGUUCCCACUGGGCUACUGCAAGUGCUUGGGCACAUGUCUGCCCAAAUAUAAUAUAUUAUAAAUAAUAGACUAAGGCAGUGAUCUUUUUAAAACCAAUCACUGUAUUAUUGUUUAGACCUCUCGUAGACCAGACGCCAUUCACUGUGGUCAGUGACUUUGUCCCCAGUUGAAUUAAUGUGAAAAACUACGGUUGUUUUUAAGUGCUAAUUAAGUGGAGAAGAUAGUUUUAGUAAUACAAAUGGUUGUAGUGCUACUUCCACUUUAAUCAGCAUAGCCUGGUCAUAAUGAGGUGACACUUGCAUUUUUGUCAUUGCAUGGGUUUGGUACAGUUAAUUGGGGCACUGGGCAGCAACCCUUUUGAUAAUCUUGGCUAGAAAUUGCUUCCUCAAGGAGAAGGAUUUUCUGUUGUUGUUCUGAGGAUAAUCAGUGAAUGAAGGAAAUAAAGCACGGGUGAAGAUAGUAUCCUUCCAUUUUUUAGCUCUACUUUAGAGCAGUGGUGGUGUUUGUUGCACAGGCUGUGAUGUGUGGCAUAGUUAACUUGUGAUAAGUACUGACUUUUGUGAUGGAAACGUGAAUGAUUAGUUUAUUCCAAUAUAAAUUAAGUGGCAGGAUAAUAUACUGAGCUAUUAGCUUGGAGGUUUGUUUUCCUGCAUUUUAUUUAUUCUUUCUGAGCUGGAAACCAGCUAUGCAUCAGGGAGGUUUGGUUUGAAAGCCAAGCGCUGAGGUGGUUUGUGCAGACAGCCUGGCUUAUAUUUUCUGAAAGCCUGCAGCCUGGUAAGGAUGGGACAUCAGUGGACUCCAGGCUCUGCAGACCAGAGUGUGCUCCCUACAGUGCCUGCUGCUGGUAGCACGCUGGCAGAACUUACAUGGCGAGGCUGUGCGGUGUUUCUCAGAGGCUUAGAGCCUCAGCCUAGGA